CCGCGGAGGUCUGAAGAGAGGACAGGAGAGAAGUCAGUCGAGCUCUCCUGUGCUGGGGCUCCUGCUUGCCCUUCUCCAGCCUGGAGAACCAAUACUGAAAAAUGACCACACCAAACAAGACACCACCUGGUGCUGACCCUAAACAAUUGGAAAGGACUGGGACUGUGCGUGAGAUAGGUUCACAGGCUGUUUGGUCACUCUCAUCUUGUAAGCCAGGAUUUGGAGUGGAUCAAUUACGAGAUGAUAAUCUGGAAACUUAUUGGCAAUCAGAUGGUUCACAGCCUCAUUUGGUGAACAUCCAAUUUAGAAGAAAAACUACAGUGAAGACAUUAUGUAUUUAUGCAGACUACAAAUCAGAUGAAAGCUAUACUCCAAGCAAGAUCUCUGUCAGAGUCGGAAACAAUUUUCAUAACCUUCAAGAAAUCAGACAACUUGAAUUAGUGGAACCUAGUGGUUGGAUUCAUGUUCCUUUAACUGAUUCCCAUAAGAAGCCAAUUCGCACAUUCAUGAUACAGAUUGCUGUUCUAGCCAAUCACCAGAAUGGAAGAGACACACACAUGCGACAAAUUAAAGUAUAUACUCCUGUGGAAGAGAGCUCCAUUGGUAAAUUUCCUAGAUGCACAACAAUUGAUUUCAUGAUGUACCGUUCAAUAAGGUGAAUCUUUUAAAAAAUGAAAUAGGAAGCUAAUAAUGUGAAGUCUUUAUUUUUCCUUCUUAUUGAUACUGUUUAAGGUAUCUUCCAGUGGGGGAAAGGGUAGAGAAUAAAAAUGGUUAAUUAUAUUGUA